CGAAUGCUAAGAAGAAUUUCACGUGUUGCUUUUAUAUUGUUUAUGUCUCAUAAACCUCCAUAAUGAGUGCAACAAAAGACAAAAAAGUUGUAAUAAACAAACGAUUAAAAGGCUUAAGCCGAGAGGCUCUCGAAAAACUGACCCAAACCGAGCUGAUCGAUAAGGUUGUCCAACUGGAGGCCUAUAACUUUCAGUUGCGGAAUCUACUGCAGAAAAAGUUAAGCGAGCAUGAUAAACAUGAUAAGGAAUACUCUGGAUUAUUUGGCGGAGAAGCGGAUGGCAAAGUUAGCCAGGUGGCCAAGACAUCCAACAAAGUGCAGAAGAUACGUAUGUUCGAUUGGAGCAGUGCACACAAGCGUCAUGUCUUGCUAAAGAUUACCUACUUUGGUUGGGACUAUCAAGGAUUUGCCUGCCAGGAGGAUUCCAAUGAUACCAUCGAAUCCAACUUGUUCCGCGCACUGACUCGUACCUGCCUCAUCGAAUCUCGCGCCACUUCCAAUUAUCACCGCUGUGGACGCACAGACAAGGAGGUGAGCGCCUUCUGCCAGGUCAUCUCCAUAGAUCUGCGCAGCAAGCAUCCACCCGAAUCUCAGCUGGAUCCCACAUCGCUUUCCUCCGAGAUCGACUACUGUGGACUCCUGAAUCGAGUGCUGCCCAAGAACAUUCAGUGCGUGGCUUGGAUGCCACUGCGCAGUACGGUUUAUAACGCUCGAUUUGAUUGCGUUUCUCGCAGCUAUCGUUACUACUUUCCUAAGGGUGACCUGGACAUUGCUGCCAUGCGUAAAGCCUGUGAUCUCCUAGUGCGUCACGCCGACUUUCGCAAUUUCUGCAAAAUGGACGUGCACAACGGAGUAACCAACUACAUGAGAAACUUGCAAUCAGCCAGGGUGGAAGCUUGUUAUGAAAAUCAUACAAAUUCCGGCUACGACAUGUACUACCUGGAGAUUCAAGCAAAUGCCUUCCUCUGGCACCAAAUCCGUUGCAUUAUGGCGGUGCUUUUACUUGUGGGCCAAAAAAAGGAAAAACCGGCCGUAAUAAGUGACCUGCUUGAUGUGGAGUCUAAUCCCUGCAAGCCUCAGUACACCCCCGCCAUUGGCUUACCUUUAAAUCUGUUUCGUUGCGAUUUUCGAGACCAUACAACAAGAAGUGUAAACCAUUCAGGCAGCGGUGAUGCAAAUGAAGAGGCCAUGGAUACAGUCGCCGACGAAUCAGAUGACUUAAAUGCUCCCGAGCACGUGGAGCGUGAUCUUACGGCGUGGAUUUACAAUGAGGAAAAUCUACAAAAGCUUAUCGAAAACACCCAGUGUGAGUGGACGCAAUUUAGCGUUAAGAGCACCAUGAUACGCAAUGUGCUGCAACAACUGGAAUCCUUAUUUGAAGAGAACUUUAAGCCAAAAGAGAAGGUACUGGCUCAGGUAACGCUGUUGCAGGAUUCCGUCAAUCCACGUCAAUAUCAGCCUCUUUUAGAACGCAAACGAUGUGAGAGCUUGGAGAACCGGAUUGAGCAUUUUGUAAAAAAGCAACGACUGAUUGUGAAGAAUGAAACGGAAACAGAGUGAUUUAUUUUAAUAUAAUGUUAUUGAAACAAAACGUAUAUUGCUUUUCAGGUAAAUAUAUUAAGGUUGUAUGUAAAUAGAA